AUGGACCACCGCGUCCAUUCAACACAUUACCAUUGUGGCCACACCAAGGACACCACACUGUCACAUGUCCUUAUACCAACCAACAACCAUGACAUGGAUCUGCACAUGUUGGCCUUGACCCUGAUACAGAGGGCAACAUUAAUUUUGGAUGACUGCAAUGCGGCUGUGGCUUUGCAUCAUGGUGAACAGUUGGGCAAUUAUUCCUGUGCAGCCUCAGUCUUGCAAGGCGGCCAGCUGAACGGACCCUGCCUGAGCGACAAAGGAGCACACUGUGUGUCUGAGUGGGAUGGUUAUAGGUGUCUUUGCCCAGACGGUUAUGGAGGACGUGAUUGCCGAGAAGAUCUCUCAGAUGUGAUCACUUUCCAAGGCAAUGGCCUCUUGACCUUUAAAGAUCUGACCUCUCCUGCCAGCAUACCGUGGCUGAACCGUGUGGUGUUCCGCACCAGAGACUUUAACGGAGUCCUGAUGAACAUUCAGCUCUCCUCUUCACUCAGCAUACAUAUUGAGCUGGAGUCUGGUGAGAUUCAGUAUCGGACGCCUACAGUGACUGCUAAACUGGAGGGAGUUGAAGUGAAUGACGGCCAGUGGCACGACUUCACUGCUGAGUGGAAGAACAACCAGAUUGUACUGACACUAGACUUCAACCAACACACGACAUCCGUGGCUGCCCAGGACACCAUUGAUGGUCAGAGUGUCAGCACUGUCUACGUUGGUGGCUUAGUUACUGCAGAGGAUACCAGGCACGGCUUCACAGGCUGCACACAAGGCCUGAAGGUUGGGGAUAAUGUCCUUUCAUUGGCUAUAGCCAAGCAGCGGAACAUCCAGCUGGGCUGUGUUCAAGUAGACUCCUGUUCCUUUGAGUCAGUCAGUUGCCCAGCUGCCAGUACCUGUGUGGAUCUCUGGGGGAAGUAUGAGUGCAUCUGCAACCAAGGGCAUUAUGGGCCAGAGUGUACCAGUGCCUGCAACCUCAACAUCUGUCAGCACGGCUCAACCUGCCGGCCAUCCAGCGCUUCUCCCUAUGGUUACAUCUGCGAGUGCUCAGGUCAGUAUUACGGUGACCACUGCCAGAAUGAGGUGGAGGAGUGUGACGAUGACUGGUGGGGCUACAAGAUCUGUGGGCCCUGUGAGUGUGAUGAGGGAAGAGGCUUCAGUUCAGACUGCAAUAAAACCACUGGUGAAUGUUACUGUGAGGAAAACUAUUACCAACCAGUAAAUAGUGACUCCUGCUACCCAUGUAACUGUUACCCAGAUGGGUCAUAUGGACCAGAAUGUGACCAUCAAACUGGACAGUGUUACUGCAAGAGGGAUGUAAUGGGCAGGGUAUGUGACUCCUGUGCUGACCCCUAUGCUGAGGUCACACUCCAAGGUUGUAAAGUGGUGUAUGACUCUUGUCCGAAGCGCUUUGCUGAGGGAAUCUGGUGGCCCAAAACCAAGUUCAACCAAGUGGCAUUGGUAGACUGCCCUCCAAACUCAUUUGGCAAAGCCAGCCGACAAUGUUCACUGGAUGACAAUUGGCUGGAGCCUGACCUCUUCAGAUGCAUGUCAGAGGCUUUCCAUGCACUCACUGACAUGAUUGCCGAUCUUCAGAAAGUCAAGCGUCUGAACCCAGAUUUGUCCUUCUCUGUUGUGGAGAAAGUUCACCAGGCUACCCUAGAGACAGAGAGGAUGUAUGGAGCGGACGUUAACUUCACCUACAAUGUCUUGGUCUUGGUGCUGAACCAUGAGAGCAAACAGGAAGGGCUGAAUGUGACUGCUGCCAUCAGGAGCUCCUUCACAAGGAAAGUGGUUGAGAUAGCCAGCCGCCUGCUAGACCCUGUGAACAAGGCCCACUGGGCCAUCAUACAGAGGAGUUCAAAAGGUGUACCAGAGGUCAUAUCAGCCCUGGAGGCCUUUGGUGCUAACAUAGCCAAGACAGCCGUAACGGCCAUCACAUCUGAUUACACACACAUUCCAGAGAUCUUCAUUGUUGCUCCCAACAUUGUGAUGCACCAUGACGUUAUUGUUCGGGAGGACCGAAACUCAAUAGUCAUCCCCAAUUACGAGAUUGACCAGUGGGAGGAUGGAAUUGAGCGGGAUACUACACGAAUACACAUUCCUGAGGGCGUAAUCCAACCCAAACCGCAAGUGGACGACCCCUCCAUGAUUUCCAUCGAAAGCAUUGUCGCUUUAGCGUCCUAUAUCAAGUACAACACAGUGGGAGAGCUCUUACCUAACCAAUCAGAUUCCAGCGUCAAGCCAUCAGAGGGUGCCGUUGGUCAAGUCAUCAACACCCCCGUCAUCUCAUUGUCACUGUAUGACCACCUAGCCACUGAGGGCAGCACCGACAAUCUGCUGUACCCAAUCAUCUUGGAGAUCGCUACCCUGGGUCAAGCAAACACCAUCAAUCCACAGUGCGUCUUCUGGGACUUCUCCUUGUUUGAUGGGGUGGGUGGCUGGUCCACCAAGGGUUGCUCUGUGGACUCCUUCAACACCACCCACAUCAACUGUUCCUGUAACCAUCUCACCAACUUUGCUGUCAUGGUGGACAAUGCCCCUCCAGUUGUAAGCUGAGCAUCAUGAAUUUUGUUAAUGCAGUCAGGAGUUAUUUUCUUUUAUGUUGACUGUUUUCACACACAGACACUUUCCCUUCUCUUCAAGAGUUUGCUUCUUUUAGAUACCUUUUUAACUAUGAAAUCUGUCUUAAAGGGUAGCAUAACUGAUUGACCAAUAAAAAAAUAAUACUAAUGAAAUGGAUUGGGCUAACGCCUGGCGUUAAAUUAGCCUUAGGGCGAUUUACAUUGACUUUUCUGGCAAGACAAAAAUAAACGACAAUUAGAAAUGAGUAAUACAAUAAUAGUUUGAUGUACAUACAGGGUGUCCACAUAAAAAAGUAU